CGCCGCCAUGCUAGCUAAAGGUUCUUAACCAAAGCUUAGGAAGGCCGUUGUGCAAGCCACUGCUUGGAGCUGUGAGGGGAGCGCGGGUGAGCUCGGAGCUGCGCCAUGGUCUGCCAGGAAAUUUCAGGGAGGAUUGACUGAGGUGAGAAGAAGAUGUCGUCGUCGUCGUCCUUGGAGUAGGUGGCACUUUGAAACGUCCACAGAAGGAGCAGUGUUUUCCCUGCUUGCCUUCACUUCUUGCUGGUGAGUGCAUCUGUCUCGUUGCCGCUCCUGCUGCCAUCCUUCCCUGACAUUGGAGUCAGCUUCUUGGGCCUUCCAGUGUGGACUGAAGACCACUGAAGAAGCUGUCCUGGUGCCUUCCGAGCCCUUAGUGCCAGAUUGAAGCUCUGAGGCUUCCAGCCUUGUGGAUGGAGCCUCUCCAUGAUGGAGACGGCCAUUGUUGGACUCUCCAGGCCUGAUGAGGGUUUGGUGAGCUUUGAGGAUCUGGUGGUGCAUUUCACCCAGGAUGAGUGGGAUUUGCUAGAUACUUCUCAGAAGACUCUCUACGGAGCUGUGAUGCUGGAGACCUUCAGGAACUUAACUGAUACAGGAUAUGAAUGGGAAGACCAGAAAAUUGAAGACCAUUUUGAAGAGUCUGAAAUAAAUCUAAGGAACAUCAUCUCUCACUCUGAAUGCACACAGUAUGAACAUGAGGAGUAUGAACAGAAGCCACAUGACUCCAAUUUUCUCACAAGUGUUGAAGGCUACAUGGGAACUCACACUGUGAAUGGGCCUUCUGAGUGUGAGGUAUGUUUAAAAUCCUAUGGACUAUAUCACCUGACUUACAAUGGACAUCACAACUAUGAGUACAAAGAGUGCGUAGGAAGCCAACCUGUACGAAAAAGUUAUGAAUGUAACCAGUGUGGUAAAACUCUGAGUUCUUACAAUUCUCUUCAAAGACAUCAGAAAAUUCAUAUUGAAGAAAGACCAUAUAAAUGUCAACAGUGUAGUAAGGCCUUCAGAUGUCUCAAUGCCCUUCAGUCACAUGAAAGAAUUCAUACUGGAGAAAAACCUUAUGAAUGUAAUCACUGUGGUACAGCUUUUAGCAGACUUACUCACUUGCGAUUGCAUGAAAAAGUUCAUACUGGAGAAAAACACUACGAAUGUAAACAAUGUAAUAUCGUUUUUAAAUCUCAGAGUUCCUAUCAUAGACAUAAGAUAAUGCAUGGAGAGACAUUCUAUAAUUGUAAAGAGUGUGGUAAGUCCUUCAUUUAUCCCUCUUUACUUCAAAUGCACGAAAGAACUCACACUGGUGAAAAACCCUAUGAGUGUAAACUAUGUGGGAAAACUUUUAGAUAUCAUUCUUCCAUACGAUUACAUGAAAGAACUCAUACAGGAGAAAAACCCUAUGAAUGUAAACACUGUGGAAAAGCCUUUACACGUCAGAGUUAUCUUCAGUUUCAUGAACGAAGCCACACUGGAGAGAAACCCUAUGAAUGUAAAGAAUGUGGUAAAGCCUUUAGACAUCACUCUUACCUUCGAUUACACGAGAGAAGACAUACUGGGGAGAAGCCGUACCAGUGCGUUCAGUGUGGCAGAUCCUUCAGCCGGCAGAGUUCCUUUAAGAGACACCAGUCUGUUCAUGCUGUGGAAAACCCCUAUAAAUGUCAACAAUAUUUAAUUCCUUUAUCCCUGUUUCCUUCAAAUGCAUGAAAGGAUUUACACCAACACCAAACCUUAUGCAUGUGAACAAUGUGAUAAAACGCUUAUCCCUAUUCACAGAAGAUACAUGUAAGAACUCAAAAUAGUUAUGAACCUAACGUAGUAUAGCCUUCAGGGGUCACAGGGAAUAUAGAACACCACCACCCGGAAGUACUUACCAAAGAUGGAAUCUUCUGCCCUUCAACUCCCAUGCAAGUUUGUGGAGAUCAUGUAUCUGAGGGAGAAGUAAUGCAGGAAAAAGUCCAGAAAAGAAGGACUGUGAGCCACAGUAAUUUAACUCCAGAGCCCUACAUCAAAGAGAGGCCAGCACAUGGACUCUGAUGGGUCAUUCCUACAACAAAGAGAGGCCAGCACAUGGACUCUGAUGGGUCAUUCCUACAACAAAGAGAGGAUGGAUCAUCUUGAGGUUAUAGAACCUCUUCUAGCCAACCUAGGAAACCAUUCCCUACAAUCACUAGACGGUAGGUCUGCCCUUUGAAUGGACUCUUUCGAUUUUAAAUGAAACCCCAUGGACUGAAAACAGUGUUCUUGAGACACAUGCUUGAAUCUGCUUCUAACUGUGGAAUGUAUUCUAUGCUGUUACCCUCAAGGUCAAUAAAUCUAUAUAUACUCUUAGUGUUACCACA